AUGGCAGAGCCAAGUUUCUAUAUCGGAGUCAUAGGAAAUGUAAUCUCCGUACUUGUCUUUCUUUCACCAGUGGAGACAUUUUGGAAAAUAGUGAAGCGAAAAUCGACGGAGGAGUACAAAAGCUUGCCGUAUAUUUGCACGUUGUUAGGAUCGUCGCUAUGGACAUAUUACGGCAUCGUCACUCCCGGAGAAUAUCUUGUCUCCACCGUCAAUGGCUUUGGUGCUCUUGUUGAAAUCAUCUAUGUCUCACUUUUUCUCUUUUAUGCUCCUCGACAUCUUAAGUUGAAUACAAUCCUAGUGGUGGCGAUUUUAAACGUGUUUUUCCCGAUCGUAGCGAUUGCGGCUACAAGAAGUGCGUUCAAAGAUGAGAAAACGCGUUCUCAGUCGAUGGGUUUCAUAUGUGCUGGUCUCAACAUUAUCAUGUAUGGUUCUCCUCUUUCUGCUAUGAAAACAGUAGUGACGACAAAGAGUGUGAAAUACAUGCCGUUCUGGUUGUCGUUUUUCCUCUUCUUAAACGGCGCGAUUUGGGGCGUUUAUGCUUCACUCCAACACGACGUUUUUCUACUCGUGCCAAAUGGAGUAGGGUUUGUGUUUGGGACAAUGCAACUCAUACUAUAUGGAAUUUAUAGAAAUGCCAAACCGGUCGGUUUAAGCAACGGAUCAUCAAGUGAGAUUGCUGCAGAUGAAGAGGAAGGACUCACAUCACGAGCUCCUCUCCUCUCUUAA